GGCUAUUUAAACCGGCGCAGCCCGACCAUCCUCCUUCCCCCUUCGCCUCCCAUCUCCGUUGCUCUGUUUCAUUGAGGAGAAGUUCCCAUCGCCCAGCGAUCGGUUCCUCCUCUUUGUUCCGAUACGGGUGAAGUAGAUUGUGGUGUUUGGAAUACCAACAGCUCCUUUUGGUGAUCAUUCGAACUGUUGAUGACUCUGGUCUUAUGUAUCUGAAGCUUCUAAUAGAGAUCAAGAUGGAGUACGAGGACCGGUGCCGGCAAUCUCAGAGGGGUAAAUAUGAUUGCCUCCUCUUCGAUCUUGAUGACACCCUCUACCCGUUGAGUUCCGGAAUCGCAAUCCAGUGCCGAAACAACAUUGGAGAUUAUUUGGUUGAGAAGCUUGGGAUCGAGGAGAACAAGGUAUCGGCCUUGUGUAAUCUUCUGUACAAGAACUACGGCACGACGAUGGCUGGCUUAAAGGCCAUUGGCUACGACUUCGACUAUGACGAUUACCACAGCUUCGUUCAUGGAAGAUUACCGCACGAGAAUCUGAAGCCAGACCCUGUUCUCCGGCAACUCUUGCUGAGCCUUCCCAUUCGCAAAGUCGUGUUCACGAACGCCGAUGAGGUCCAUGCCGCGAAGGUGCUGAAGAAGCUGAGACUGGAAGACUGUUUCGAAGGAAUCAUAUGCUUCGAGACUCUCAAUCCACCAUCCUCCUCCUCUGUGACAGAAACCUCGAGCCAGAUCUUCGACAUCGUCGAACACUUCGCUCGACCUGACACCGGAGGAAUCGAACUGCCGAAGACUCCGAUCCUCUGCAAGCCAUCGCUCGAAGCCAUGGAGUACGCCCUCAGGAUCGCCAACAUCGAUCCCCAGAGAACCGUUUUCUUUGAUGACAGCGUGCGGAACGUUCAAUCAGGGAAACGCAUUGGGCUGCACACUGUGCUGGUGGGCACUGCGCACAAAGUCAAAGGCGCCGACUACGCUUUGGAAAGCAUCCAUAACAUCAGGGAAGCACUGCCCGGGCUGUGGGAGGAGGCCGAGAAAUCUGACGGCAUUAGGUACUCCAGCAAGGUCGCAAUGGAAACAUCGGUCACUGCUUAGCUCCUCCCCGUCGAGUUCAUCCAUCCAUCCAUCAUCACUGUGACGAGGGGGAAAGGAUUAAUCUCCAUAAACUGUUCCCAUAAUUUGUGGUUCGAUUGUGUAUGUCCAGAAAUAAAUGUUUUCCUGCAACA